AUGGUCUUCCGGCUGGAGGAGUCCGUCGCCGCCGUGUGCGCACCGUCGCCCGCGGCGCUGCACGUGUGCCAGGCCGUGUUCGAGUCCAGCCGCUACCUCGUGUACGCGGCCGAGUCGCUGCUCCGCGCGUCCCGGCUCGAGCUGUGGCAGGUCUGGAACGCACAGGACGCGGUGCGCUGCGUGCGCUUCAACCCGAGCAAGAAGGCGGCGCGCGGCGCGCUGGCGCUGUGUAUGGACGAGGGCCGCGGCGUGCUGCUGAUGCCCGCGAGCGCCACGUCCAGCCGCGCGGCGGCAGUGGCCGAGGCCUCGCGCGCCUCCACGCUGGACGACACGCCCUUUAUGGACCUCAUCCCCAGGUCGGACUACGUGAAGGCCCAUCUGCACCUGCACCUGCCCCGCUGGGCGGAGUCGGUGCGCUGGAAGUGCGACGACCGCCUGCUGAACCACUUGGAGUGGGUCGAGAGCGGCGACGACCUGUUCCUGCUCGGCGCCGGAGAGAAGCUGUCCAUCUGGAAGCUCGUGGACGACUCCGCGCAGGUCUACCUGCAGCGGACAGUCACGCUGUCCGCCGGUGGAGGACUGGGGCUGGACGUGCCAUUGCCGGCGGUGCCCGUGUGCCACUUUGACGUGGCUCCGAGCGGACGCUUCGCUGCCACUGCGGGACAGCAUGACAGGAUCAUCAAGCUGUGGAAGCUGGGCGAGCUGUCGCCGCACGAAGGAGCGCCGAUGUCCAUGUUCCUGCCCCACUCUCGAGCGCUGGUGUCCAUGACAUGGUCCAAGGAGGUGAACGUGUAUAACGCGCGCGCGACGGUCGCGUCCACGACAGGAGGCUGUGAGAUGUUGUUUACUCUGGAUCGAGCAGGGAAUAUUUCGAUAUGGAGAGAGAACGUCGCUCCGCCGCGGUCAUUUGUGUUGUGGAAACAGUUUGCAGCGGCGGACUUGUGCCCUUCCUCGCUUGAUGAUGGUUUGGAGAGCCGUAUCCGAGAAUUUGGUUUGGUGAAUCAUUAUUGGGCGCGAGAAACGCCGAAGCCGAUGACGUCGAUAAACGAGGCGCUGCUGAGCGAGAACACCGUGAUGGAUGCACUGUGUUUAUUUCAUUACGGAUAUGGGUCUCUUGACGAAGCGCGUCGAAACGAGUUAGUCAGCCAGCGCAUGGACAGUAUCACGCAGAUGAACGCGAAGCUUCUUGGAGACCGCAGCGGCGCCAUAGCAGAUACGCACGUGGGAGAAACAUUUAUUUGUGGGAAUGAAGCGCUGGAGAAGACAUUCGCGGUGAAUUUACUAUACGGGGUGCUCACUAAUGGCGACUUUUGCGUAUUUCGCGCGGAAUCGAUCCCCUUUACGGGCGUUUCUCCAAGGCUAUCUCUUAUUCUCAGUGUCAGUGACCUUCGUGAACAACUUGCUGAUGCACAUGUGUACAAUGUCAGCACAUCUGACUACCAAGCGAGUGGCGCAGCGUCGGAAUUCUUCAUUGAAGUUCUCUUUCAGCAAAAAGGUGCAGAUAGCUACCUGCAAUGUGCAAGACUGAAACUUCAAGGUGAAACUUUAUCGGUAGGUAGCCGCAAAGGUUCUAUAUCGUAUACCGUUCAAAGCUGUGAAGUUACGGCAGUGUGCAGCAGCAUGAUGAACGGACAAGGGAUGGCAAUGAAAGUUGUCACGACGAAUAUGGGUGGGCGUCUCAACGUAUUCCGAGCGAGCGGGUCUUUGCGGAGGCUUAAAGUUGCCUUCCGAUCAAAACUCGACAAGGCUGUUGGGCCUGUCACGCAUACAGCCUCUUACGAAGAGCGAGGUGUGCUUUAUUUGUUUAUUGGUGGGAGGUUGCACGGCGCAAUAACUUCCGCGGUGGUCGUUGCCGGUCACGAUACGCUGGCAUUAUCCGCGUGCUAUAUGGAUGACAGUGAAGAUUCGGAAGAGCUGGACGACCUGAUUGCUGUAACGAUUCCGGAGUCUGUGAAGAUUGAGUGGUCAAAUAGCUCGUCAUUUUUUUCGCAGCCGGUGACAGAGACCCUCACAAAGGAUUACAGCAUGGUUGUUGCUGUGCACAAAGGUGGCAGGAAGCUGUCUGUUUGGGUAUUCUCGUUCGAGUUAAGAAUCUCCGAGCCGACUUCUUCUCCUGUUCAACUCUUCCGGAAAACCACAAUCGAUAUUCCGGAGGCAAGAUUGCUGAGUGUUGCUAGCGUCCCGCUGCUAAAUAUGUUUGAAGUCACGUUUGCUAGCUUUGAUGUGGACUCGCAGUUGACACUAUGGAAAUUUGCAGACCUCGACGAGUUACUCGCGGUGACGCCCGCUCACAGAGUCGAUGUUGGAGCAUUGAUGCAGAUGGCAAGUCAGGCGCAGAAGUCACACAUGGAGUUCCAUCUUGGCGAAGAGCAAUUUGUGUUCAAGCACUUUAGCUUUAGUUCUUGUGGUCGGGUGGCAAUUUUAUUUGGUGGAGGAAACGAAGCUGAUGAUCAGAUCUGCUUCUUGCCUGCUAUGGAGUGCUCUUUGGAAGGAGUUGUGGAUGUCCCACACAAGCAAUUUGGCCAAGUCGUGUCGUUGGAGUGGACACCACCAGUAACCCCAGAAAGGGACUGCGAGUUACUUUUCUUGUCUACCACCACAAUUGGAAUGCUGAAGUUUGACUGCUCGUUGCCGACUAACAAGUGGAGUAUUGCCUGGUCUUCAAGUCGAUUUAGCGCGAGACCUGAGAACAUUUCGUCACUCUCGAGUUACCCUUACGGCCUUCUCCGUAUUGGUUCGAGCUUAGCGCACCUCAACCUUCGAGAUAUUGAUGGAGUUGGGUCGUCCCCACUUCAAUUGCCGUUUUCUUCUUCAGCUUAUUCUUCUCGUGGACAAGCACUAGGCUCUCAGCCGCCAUCAAAGGCCUUUCCUGCUCAUCAUCCAAUUACACUGAUGUACUUGCUCGCACGAGGUUCUUUCGAGACGCUAGAAAAGGUUCUCGAUCACGUAAAUUCGAAAAUUGUGGAGCACGAAGAAACGUGCUAUCUUCGAAUGGCGGAUGACUCGGUGCUGCGAAUCCUUCCUUUGCUGUCGCUGUCUCAGUUGCUUGGGGACCCCACAUCAACCGAAACCAAGACCGACGAGCGUUCAGAUGUAUAUUUGAAAGGAAAAGAGCGCAAGGCUAGAGCAAGUGAUCUGUUUGCGAUGGACAUCGGAACUUUUCGCAGAUAUGGCGCAAGUGCAAGCGCAAGUGCAGGUGGCGGUGAUCGUGCUGAUAUGCUGUUUGCUCCUGUGACUCCGUCGUCGACUGAUUCAAUUGCCGCUACCCCCUCUCUCCAGUCGAAGACCAAAUUGGAAACUGACCUUUUCUCGAAGUUUUUCAACGAACACAAGAACUCCCUGUCAUUUAUGACAGCCCAAGAAACGGAAGUUUUCCUCCAUAUCGUUGCUGGAAUAGUCAAGACCGUAAGUUGGGAGCGUGACAGCAGUCGAAAGAAAGAUGAAGCUGCUCUCCGCUUCCACGCUUCGUUGCUAUGGCCAACCGAUCCCCCAGCCCCUGUGGCUGGACUUUGCUCGGAGCAAGUAGCUUGGGGAGCUCUCAGCGAUUUCCAGUCAGAGCUACUCCAGGAGUGUUUUCCUUCAUCAACAAUGAGCUGGAAAGAGAUGAGGCGUCUGCGGGUGCCGUUCUGGCUGAAGAGCUCGACUAAGCUCGUUCACUUUGCUGAGAAAGUGGCCCAGGCUGAGUACGCAGCGAACCGCGACCCUUUUGCAGUCGCUGUAUUCUAUGUGCUGCUAGGCAAAACGAGACUCUUGGCGAGUCUCUUUAAGAUGGCCAAUGAGUCUCGGAUUUCGGAGCUUUUGUCCAACAACUUCUCGGAUCUCCGCUGGAAGAACGCAGCAAUCAAGAACGCGUACGUGCUGAAAACAAAGCAGCGCUACGAGUUGUCGGCAGCGUUCUUCCUGCUGGGUGGGAAGGUUACAGAAGCAGUAUCGGUAGCUGAGCAGGCUGACGAGACGCUCGUACUUUCAUUUUUAAUUGCUCGAAUUUCGGAGAAAUGGGACCUCGGCGGUCAGGAAGACUCAUCCAACAGCUCUGGAGUGGCUGACUUUUCACAGGCAUCUUUCACAGGCUUGAAAACGAAAAAUGUGUGUGUUGACUUUCUGAGCACCACCGUUUGGACAAAAGCUUCCGAUCGUGGAGAUGUUUAUAUGUGCUUCUUGGUCAAGUAUUUCCUGGGAGAGACAAGCGCUGCUAUCGAUGUCUUGAUGACACCACCUAUGUACUGGUCGGCAUUUGGGAAGAGUUUGCUUGGCGCGUGUGAUUUAUUACGUUUUCUUCGGAAGACGAUAAUUCCGAUGAAGUUGGCUAUUAAGGAGAGAAUUGUGCGGUUGAACACAUCGGCUGUGGUUCGCAUGCAAGAUGCGGGGCUUGGAAUCUCUGCUCUGAUCCACCAGCGCGAUAUCGCUUCUUUUAUUCAGGAAAUACGCCGGGAACGCGCUACAAGUGCAGAUGCAGCGGCAUUUUUAGGCUGCCGUCAUCGUGUUUUGAUUGCUGCAGUUGGAAGCCAAGUGGACUUCCUGUACGCCACCUUUUUAAAGUCAAUGCGCGAGACGAUGACAGCACCUGCUAGCUCUUCGUCGAGUACACGCUUCGACCUUGAAGAACGGCUGAAUGAAGAAAUCCAAUGCAUUGUACGGCGUGGAGGAGACUACGCCCAACCAGGAGUGCCAGAAACCAGCAAAGAACACCUGGAGCACAGGGUUCGAGCUGCUGUGGUGGAGUCACUGGUCCAUUCCGGUCGUCUCGCUGCGUUGGACUUUUUGAUUUCCGGGUGGAGCCACUCGGAGGGUUCGUCACCCAAGUUUGCUUUCCCCAGUCCACUGCCACGAUUUGUCGAAGCCAUUGCCGAGGGCGUCGCUACUGUAGCUUCCGGGGAUCUCAUGUCGGCUGCCACCGAUUAUUUGCACACCCGCAAAGUGGACCAGACGUGCUCAAAUUUGCUAGCCAUGGCAACUCGACUCCUGCUUUGGUUGCAGUACUUCUACCUGAAACCUCCGAAGCAACGAGCGGCUCUUCCCAACCGCGAAUUUGUACGCGUCGCAGUAGCUGCAGUUCACAGCGCCAUUUGCGUCUGCUGUCGCUACCUCAAGAACCCGUGCUGCCUGUACCGUGUGCUUGGUCUCAUCUUCCCACACAAAGAUGGAUUGUCUUCGAACUCGGAGGAAGCUCUCAACGAGAUUGCUGCUGGUGAUAUAUGUGUGAGCUGCGCCCCUCUUCGUCGUACGAGGACGACGGCAGCGAGUGUGUUAGGUGCAUCAUCACUUCAACAAGAUAUUCCAGUUCUGUACCAGGCAGUUUGCAUGUUGGAGCUGGAGCUGGAUGAAUUUACGGCAGCAGUGAAGACGAGCAGAUUGCACCACCCGAUGCCAUCGCGCGACUUGCCAACUCCAUUGUUCUCGUACUGCUCGUACUGGGGACUUGUUCUGACGAUGGCGGCGGGUGCCAUGCCAGCCCAUCUCUCCAAAAUCACUGGGGAAGCCGCUUCAACUGCAUACCUGUCCAAGAAACUUGUGGAAGCUUGGGGGAGCUAUAGCAACCGGCUAGCUGGAUUUGCCUUGAAGCAUCUGCUGUGUGAUUUGGCUGGAUUCUUCUUCAGUCCGUUCUCAAUUUCCAACCCUCCAACAAGUCCGGGGGCAGCGGCAGCUACCAAGUCGCCAGGAUCGCCUCGAGGUUCAUCCUCACCGUUGAGAAGUGGUGCGCCUGGUAGUCCUCGCGGAAGGUUCGUGGACGCUCCAGGAUCGCCUCCAUCACCACAAAAUAUCGACCGUGGCAACAGGCGGCAAUUACUGAAAUGCGAGUGUGAGCGAUGCCCGUGGCUUCUUCUGGUGGAGCUCUUCACCGACAAGAACGAAUUGUUGCUCCGUCUCAACGCACAGCUAGAAUGCUGUAGCGAGAAGAUUGACGCAGAGGUUCGAUGGGGACGACUGCCUGAGCCUGCUUCGCGGAAGGCAGCACUGACCCGGUCACAAAAACUGCUCCUCUCAACAGUUGCUGAAAACGCGACUACCUUCUCUCGUGCUACCAACCUCACUGAUCAACUGAAGCGGCGCAUGGCGUCAAUGCCUACCACAGCAGCUGUGCACGUUCAGUGUGUGUACCGCAGUGAGACUAACAUUAAGGCGAUGUGCUUUAAUCGUGCUGCCGGUGAAGAUGCAGAAGUGAGUGUGUGCAGUAGCAAAGGAAUUUUCCGUGCUAGCUGUAUGGACUAUGCCGAUGGCAGUCGAUUCCAGUUCAAGGGCACGUAUGCCGCACCACAGACUGCGAUUUUCUCUGUUCUAAGCACUCGUGGCAAUGGGCCUCCGUCGCCUCUGCAUCUGCUUGCAUCCCCGUCUGAGCCGAAGUUGGCGAGCUUCAAGCCCACUGCCGUGGCGUCUCACCCUUUCUUACCACUGUUCGUGUCGGGAAACCACAAGGGUCGUGUGCAUUUGUGGUCGUUUGACCGGCUCAGUGCCGUUUGCGCUUUCCAAACGAAGGACGUGCCGUAUCCAACGAGUCCGUCGAUGUUGUCCGGCUGGCGAAGCAUUAAAGCGUUGGAAUUCGACAGUCUCGGCCAGCAGCUAGGUGCUGUUGACGCUAUGGGCCAUUUAUUUCUGUGGAAAUUCCCCGAGCUAGACCGAGCUCCUUAUUACCGCGAAAUUGUGUGCCAUGACAAGGGCGCUAAAGGGCUCGCAUUUUUGAACUCAAGUAGCAGCGUCGCGACUGUCGGGUUAUCCUCUGAGAAGAGAAACGUAUGCGUGUGGGAUACACUACUGCCUAGCUCGAAGGCGCUGGUGGCCGCACCAGCAUGCCAUCCAGCAGGUGCCACCUCAGUGGCGUUUUCAUCGACUCGUCAAUUGCUCAUCACAGGCGGUGCCGGGGGUGCGUUGAGCAUUUUCGACAUGAGGCAGCGUCGGGUCUUGCACACAAUCUCGAACGCGCACGAAACUCCGAUCAAGACGCUUGUGCUACACCCGAGUGGUGACUGCGUGCUCUCCGGAUCCGCUGGCGGCGAUGUCAAGAUCUGGUCGUUGCCCAUUUUCCGUGAGGUCGCUUUUCUGAGUAAGGUGCACGUCAAGCCUUCGUUCCUGGGCGAUGCUGCAACGAAUCUCCUGGGCGAUGCCGCGUCGAACGUGGCGAUCAAUGUGACAAAUUCUUCGUGGGGAGUGACGGAUGCUGUGGCCACACGAGAUGCAUUCUUUACGAGCGGCACGGACGGAGCCGUCCAGCGUCUCAGAGUCCCCUCUCUGGGGACCCGACUCUAA